AUGCAGGCUUCCACAAGUCCCCACGAGGCUGGCGGGCAUGCGACGCGGAGAGGCCAUGCCACCCAUCUAUCGAUUAGCGAUCCAAGCCAUCAUGUGACGGAAGCUAUCGGACAUAUGUACGACGACGACUACGAUCGUAAUGAUCCGAGGCGCCUGAGUUAUAUAACAACCCCCCUCGGCGAGUCAAUAACAACCAUCCCGCGCGCCGCCGCAGGGUCUGAGUCUCCUCUUUCCCCGUCCUCGCCACUGCAUCAAUCCACGUCAGAUGGGCAACCGACACAGACAAAUGGAAACCAACGGCCACCGCUUGUCACAAAUCGAUCUUAUGACCGAGAAAGUGAUCCGGGGAAUGCCGAUGGUACUCGUUUGCCCUCGGACACUGCAACGUCCUCUUUUCCUCUCAACGAUAUCGACUACGAAUCCAACCCUGCGGCCGUCGCUCAGGAACUCAACAAUCUCGCCGCGAUUCGGCGCAUGUCAAUGGAUGUGGCUGCCGCCGGUGACCCUGACCUCCCAGGCUUCGCACCACCGCCCUCGCCCUCCGCCGACGAAGAUGACGCCUCUCGGUUAUUUUGGGUUCCUGCGCGACUGCAUCCAGAACUGGCGCCGAAAGAAUUCAAGUCGUUUCUCGACAGCAAGGCCGACCUCAUAAAGCGCAGAUCCGGCGAUUCUUCGACCUUAGGGGCCGAACGUCAAGGGUCGGGAGGUGGUCUUAAUCGCAAACGCUCUAUGUUAUCGAGACAAAUCGACAAUUCGGCGGGUUAUACAGAUGGUGCAGAUCGGUUGGAACAUCAACGCUCCCAAUCAAAUAAGCAAGGUGGGAUGUUGAGUCCCAACUUGCAGCAGUUGGAAAGCUUGGUGGAUGAUUCGCAAGUGGUGGCCAAAGAAUCACUCUUGCGCGGCAUGCGGAAUAUUGCCAUUGCAGGAAACGAGGACAGGCCGAUCCUGCCUCCCGCACCUCCGGGAAACAGCCUACGCCGGUCGACUCGGACACAAUAUAAGAAAGGCAGUUUGAAAAAGGGCGAAAAGUUGCCCUAUUCUAAACGAGUCGGACGGGGGGUAUCUGAAUCUGCGGGGAGUGAUACCAGAUCUGCAGGUGUUCGCUCACCUCAAGAUCCCGCAAGUCUGGAGCUCACCGGUGUCUCCACUGGUUCUAAUCCCAAAACGACGCGAGCGGCUCGAGCUACCUCUGCCUCAUCGCAUGGCUCAGCUUAUGCACCAAGCUCAACCACGAGUUCUCAAUUCGAUUCGAUUGUCGAUCAGCCUGAGGCCGAGCAGGAAGCCUUGUCGACCUCUGGUGGGCAUCCGGAUGCUGAUCUGGAUCGAUCCGAUUCGGGAGAUCCGACCAAUACACGGAAAUGGCAUUCUCGUAUCAGCUCGAAUGGCCGAUCUACCUUGAACAUAGCUCCAGGCGAGCAGAAGAUCCCUGCAAUAAUUGAAACACCUCCCGCCACUGAACCCGACCGCAUACCAAGUCCGCCUUCACAAAGUAGGCAGUCAUCGGAUCAUGCCACGGCAUCUACAACCCCAUCGCCAUCGAAAUCCACAUCUUCGCAGGACCCGAUACCGAAACGUCCCAAGAACCCUCGCCUACCACCCCACGAACCCGCAUCUUCACUCAAUGACAUCGCCAAUAACCCUCAGAUGAUACCUGGCAACAGUACCCGCACUGACAGUCUUUCAUUCAUACCCACCAUCUCAGAAGAACGCAAACCCGAUGAACGCAAGCCUGAAGAACGCAAACCUGAAGAACGCAAAUCCGAGAGCAAGAAAUCAAAAGACAAGAAGGAAUCUGAUGGUAGCCGCAAGUCUAGCUGGCACUGGUUGUUGGGCAGCGAAGAAAAAGACAAGAAAAAAGACAAGGACGCCGACUCGAAAAAGACUAAAUCAAAGACUGUCGACAAAACGCAUGAUAACACACGUCUAGAUGUUUUACAAUCAUCUAUCGAGAGCACUCCGCGGGGACGGGAAAGUGUUGUCUUGGACCGCCUUGAUCCGAAGGUUGAUGAAGAUCGACGCAAAGACAACGUGAGGAGGGUAUCGGGAGAAUCAAAGAAAGAAAAGGAUGGUAUUUUCUCUUCUAUUUUCGGCGGUGGGCGAAAGAAACACAGUAAUGAAGGCCACCACCGAAAACAUUCGUCACGAAACAUUUCUCCUGAUCCUCCGAUGCGAGUACUUCGCGCCGACGUCGAUUAUCCGUGGUCUCGCUUCUCAAUUUUGGAGGAGCGAGCUAUUUACCGGAUGGCGCAUAUCAAGCUUGCGAAUCCCCGGCGAGCUCUGUACUCUCAAGUGUUGCUGAGCAACUUCAUGUACUCAUACCUGGCCAAGGUACAGCAGAUGCACCCGCAGAUGCCAGUUGUUUCAUCUGGAUCAUCCCAGAGAUCAUCAAAAUCAAGGGAUCAGCCAGAUGAGUAUGCGCAAUAUCAGCGAUACCAAGAGUCUCAGGACCAACAACACUACGGAGAAAGUGCCUAUGACGACUCUUCCAUGUACGACUAUGAUGACGAUUCGCAUGAUCGCUACGGUAGCCAUUCGAGGAGCGACAAGCAGGGCUAUGAAAAUGGCCAAGCUUAUGGCCCAGGUCACCAAUACGGAAACACGUCCUUUGGCGACGACGUCCAACUCGAUGACGACGAUGACGAUGAUAUGUGGUGA